AUGAUAUUGCAAAAUAUAGCUUGGAAAAAGAGCAAAGGAGUGGCUGGUCAUAAUGUACAAUGCUGGGCAAAGCGUCGAAGACACAUCGAGGCUUUCCAUGAAGAUGGCAAGCGUGGAUUUGCUACGGAGAGACUAUCCGCUAGUCAAUUGAGAGAGGAAAUGGCAAAAGAGCAUGUCAAAGAUCUAUCUAACAAACAGAAAGCGAGGCAAGAAGCCAGGGCGGUAGACAAAGACUUUUUUAUGUCAGUUCUAAACUCAUCGGCGACGAAAAGAGACGCAAAGGCAUAUAUACAACGUUUCACUCCUGCGAAGGAGUCGCCGAAGCCUCCCACAACGAACCCUGCGGCCACCGAGCAGAGAACUCAACCAUCACAAGGUAAUGGUGUCAAUCUCGGGGGAUUCUAUGGACCUGCUUCGGUCGUGGGGAGCCCGCAAUUUCUACAGCAUCCUCAUAAACAGACCAGUUCCUUGGUGGGCCCUCGACUUCAUGUUGCGUUGGUCAAGAUUAGAGCCCCCCAGACUUUGGACGAUGACACUCUCAAUGGCGUGGGAAGAACAUUGUCACAACUUGCACGGCUGGGAUUACUAAGUGUGGUGGUGGUUGAUUGUAAUCGAGUUCCAGAAUCUACCCCAGAUCCCACUUGGCGAUCAGUAGCAACAGCCCAGGCAAAUCGAAUCGUGGCAGCGAUCGAUUCGGAAGGAGUAACAGAAGCAAGAUUAGUCGACAACGUCAUAGGAGUAUAUGAGGAUUCUGAAAAGCCACGAUACGGAGCUCAUACACCCGUUACAACGCAUGUCACUCUCCGCGAAUUGAUGAUGACCCCUCUAAGACGUGGUGUUAUUCCGGUCAUACCUUCUUUAGGCUAUACCGAUAUUACUCAAACUGCAGUUCCAAUCUUAGCUAGCGAUGCUGUACUUGCCCUUACAAGGGAGCUCGCAGGACUUCCUACCCAGACUUGUCCCGAUGAAAACCCAGAAGAGGUUAGGGAAAGAUUACAAACUCGUCGCGCUCAGGUCUCCCUCGAUCGUAUCAUCAUAUUGGACCCUCUUGGGGGAAUCCCAACAUCUAAUCGUCCGAAUGGCUACCAUGUCUUCUUGAAUAUGGAACAAGAAUUCGAACCCGCGAAGAAAGAUUUGCUAAAGGGGGUCGAAAAGAACACGGCUGAAGCUUCUCUGCAAGGUCAAUUCAAGCAAAACCAUGUUUCUGACCUUGGUUUAAGCAAUCCCUUUUCAAGGUUUGUAGAAACAGAAUUUGGGUGCCCAAAGCCUACUCCGCAGACGGCGGCUCCAGAACCAGAUGCUACGAUGACACCAAAGCCAGAGAACAAGUAUCAUCUUCAGAACCUCGAAUUGGUCCGUUCUGUACUUUCAAUGCUACCACCUAGCUCAUCAGCAUUGUUGACUACUCCGGACGAGGCGGCGAACGCCGGCAAGAAAACUCCUUUCCGAGCUGGAGGUGUAGGCACGCGACGACACCGGAAUCCCUUAAUUCAUAACCUACUCACUGACAAGCCGGGGUUUUCAUCAUCACUACCAAUGGGCCGCUUAGGUCAAACAAAACCAAUGAUGGGGGAUGACCCCUCCACUCUAGCUGCAAGCAUUACUCCAACAACUUUCGCAAAACACGGAAUGCAUAUCACCAUAUUUCCUGAUCCGAAACUUGCGCCUUGGGAGCCACCACUGUCUGAAAAGCAACAUAUAAAGUUGACAGACUCAUAUAUCGAUCUCCCUCGUCUGGUCCAUCUAAUAAAUGAUUCUUUUGGCCGAACACUUGAUGUCAAAGAAUAUCUCAAGCGUGUGAAUGGCCGUAUUGCCGGGGUUAUCAUUGCUGGCGAAUAUGAAGGCGGGGCUUUAUUAACGUGGGAAACGCCGCCAGGCGUACCUGAUGAUGGGAGUCCUGAAAGCAGGGCCAGGAUGGUGCCAUAUCUAGACAAAUUUGCGGUCUUGAAAAAAUCUCAAGGAUCUGGGGGAGUUGCGGAUGCUGUAUUUACAGCCAUGGUGCGAGAUUGCUUCCCAAAUGGUGUGGUAUGGAGGUCAAGAUCUACGAAUGUGGUCAAUAAGUGGUACUUUGAGAGAUCUAGAGGGACUUGGCAAUUGACCAAUACGGGUUGGACAAUGUUCUGGACAACUCGUGAUAUGGAUAAACAGACCUUCCUUGAUUAUGAGGCUGUAUGCCGUGGAAUCGAACCUUCGUGGGCCGAUGGCAAGUCAAUACUAGAUUAA